AUGGAGACAAAUGAGAUUGAAGAGGAUGAUAAUAUGUCAUAUAAAACCCAACUCCGAAAUUGGAAUUUUGGGGUUUAUCUAGGUGUAUUCGAAGAAGAAGGAAUAGAUGAUGAUAGUUUUGACUUGCUAGACGAGGAAACAAUUAGAAAAAUCUUUACCAAGGCGGGUCCACGCCUUAAUUUUAAACAAAAGUAUCAGAAAUAUUUGCAAGAGAAAAAGAUGCCAAAUGCUCCAAUAAAGAAUGAAACAUCUUUGAUUGAAACUGCAUCAACUGCAUCAACUGAUACCAUCGAUACCUUUGAAUCCACAGAAUCAUUCAAUUCCAUUCCCAUUGUUUUUAAGAUGCCCGCAGAUGCUCCUUUGCCUUCCCCAAAAAAAUCAAAAAUUAUUAAAGUGGACUUCAUAGACAGUGCAUUUUCAGAGGGCGGACCAAAAGGAAAACUUUGGCACCGCUACCAUAAUAUUAGAAAAGCAAUUAAAUUGGCUGAUAGCCACAGGAUAACUGAAAACAAAGAAAAUGAGGAUCAAUAUGAAAAUCCAUUUGAAACAAUUGGAACUCGAGAUGAAACAUCAAAAUUACUGGAUUUUCUAAAAGUCGCAAUUGAACCCUUCGUAAAAGUGCUAGAGGCAUGGGAAGCAACUUUUAAAAUGCGGAGAAGUCUUUACGCGAAAAAAUCUAUUCUUGAUGUAUUCCGUGAUUUUCCUUGUCUAAGAUUGGACUCAGGAAUUCAGUUGCUGGAAAUUGACUUUAAUCUUCGCUACGGUGACCGAAUAGAUGUCAUUUAUUCAACUUUUCCCAAAGUCAGAAAUGCUAUCUUGGACGAAGCAAAGGAGAGAAAGAUAAAACUGGACACACAUUAUGAAGAUCCCAAUUUGAAUGCAAUAAUAUCUUUGGUCUAUUUAUUUCCUCCAAUCACUCUUAAAAAGUCUAGAAAAGGUGGAAACUGGAGGCCGACAAGAAGUGAAAUUUUGGACAGUUUUUUCAUGCUGGUUGAUAAUUUUGAUGAAUUUCAAGAACGGAUUUCUAUGAGACGAGCAAAACUGUCGCAGCAUAAUUUGACUAUGCAACCAUUUGCAGUGGUAAUCGGGGGUAGUAAUUUCUUCAUACAAAUUGAAGACCAAUCAUUUAAAGUGGAUUCUGCUCUAAGAACCCUGGAAUUGACAUUCAAAAUGUUUUACGCGCUAGAUCUUGGGUAUCCAUGUGAGUCGGAACACAUAUGGUUAUUAAUAGAAGAAAUACUUUUCAACAUGAAACCAAAAAAGAAGCACCCUUCUUCAGCGUCGGUGAUAUGUGACCUGCAAUAUCACUUCAAUAAAUAAGGUUUGUAGGUACUUAUUUAAUUUUUUUAGUUUAGUAGGUACUUGUUUUUUGACUUACCUGUAAGUGAUUGAUUCAUAAAAAAAUGAAUUGUCAUGCAUGUAAAGACACUUUUUUUAAAGCUAAUGCUUUAAUUUCUCAUUUAAAGAUAAU